AUGACGAUGAGUGAUAGCGAGAAUGAAGUUCUGGCUAACUAUAAAAGGAAAGGAGUGAAAGCAUCAACCCAAGAAGCUACCAACAUGCCAGCUAGGCCAGCCUCAAAUGUUGUAGCUACUCAGGCAGAUCUGGCUGGGGUAUGCCAAGUGGUGGCACAGCUUCUUCAGCAGCAGCAGCAGACGCAGCUCUCCUUCCGACCUGUGUCGUCUACCGAUACCUAUUAUGAGAAAUUUCGGAGGCUGCACCCUCCAAUGUUUGAGGGAGGUGCUGAUUACUUGGCUGCGGAGGCUUGGAUUCGGGAGAUAGAGGAGAUGUAUGAUGCCCUACAAUUUUCCGAGGAGGUCAAGGUCAAAUUGGCGGUUCCUAUGCUCAAAGGAAACGCUAAGUUCUGGUGGAUAGCUAUGAAGGCUGCUGUUCAAGGAAAUGGUGAACAACUGACAUGGGAGGAAUUUAAAGGUAAAUUUUACAACCAAUACUUUCCUCAGUCAGUGAGAUUGGUGAAGCAGAACGAAUUCUUGGCCCUGAAACAAACCGAGAAUAUGACAGUAUUGGAAUAUGCCAGCAAGUUUAAUGAAUUGGGCAGGUUUUGUCCUCAGUUCAUGGAGGAAGAGAUAAGUAAAGCUAAUAGGUUUGAACAAGGCCUGAGAUAUGGGAUCAGGUCUAGGUUGGCUGUUCUGCUUUUCACUAGUUACCAGGAUGUAUUGGAAAGGGCUCUAAAAUUAGAAGCCGAAUUGAAGAGAUCAGAAAAAGAAAGAAGUGACCAGAAGAGACCCAAGAUGACAGAAAGUCUGAGUGACAGGCCACAGAACCUUGAAAGUAGUACAAAUAAGAAGAAGAGGUUUGAGGUCUGUACUUACUGUGGCAAGACUCAUGGGGGGCCUUGUUUUAAGAAGAUGGGAGUCUGCUUCAUUUGUGGUCAACAUGGACAUUUGGCACGGGACUGUCCAAAUAAAAAGAAGAACGACUCGGAACCUACUGAAUUGGGAGCUCAGCUUUUGCAUUGA